GAGAGAGAGAAAGACAAAAGAGAAGAAUGCAAAAAGAGAAAUAGAUAGAUAGAUAGAUAGACAAUUAGAGACGUCGAAAGAAAGGAACCAGACGGAAAUACGACGGAGGCAGGAAAUACAGGAGAGACGUUCUCUCUCUUCGGUAAGGUGGUGGGUGGCGGGGCGUUGAUCGUACGUACACCGGUGCCGCUCUAGUAGUGGUGGUGGGUAGUGGUGCCGUUGGUGGUGAUGGUAGUGGUGGUGGUAGUGGUGCAUCCCGCAGUGUGUUUACCCAGGGUGAGGUGCCUCUCGCGCGCGCGACUAGGCGGAGUCGCACCUCUCUGUCCGCUCCCGCUUCCGCUUUCCGCGUCUCCCCGUGACCGCUUCGCGACGAGGGAGCGACGUGUACCUCUAACCGUGACCCGUUCUCUCUCGCUAUCUCUUUCUUUCUCUCUCUCUCUCUCUUUCUCUUUCUCUCUUCGCAUAUCUACCUAUUUACUUCUCGUACCUAACGUUGACGUGACAGAAGAGGCGUUGCCGCGGCAGCCGCGAGCAGCCUCCACCCUCAAGAAGGAGAACCGGAUAUCGCUGGACGUAAAAUAUAAUUCCUCGUCGCUGACAUUGUCGUCUCGUUCCGGAAGGAUCUCUGCCUAAGAACACGUCCCAGCAAUCAUGCCAGGGACAAGCUGAUAACUAUCGAUGUCUGCAAUGAUGUGACAAUAAAGAUACCUCCUUCCACUCUCUGAUUGUCUCUGAACUCUGGGAUUGUCUCUAUUACACACAGUGCUUCCCAAUAAUACACACAAUUCAAGGAUCAAACCGCGCAAAAAAAAGCAACGUCAAACCACUGACCGUGGUCGGCGUCGUGGAAAUCGGUGCCAAAAGUCGACAGAGACAAGCCGUACGAGCCAGCCCCGCGAAAGUGUGUCAAAGAGGAACCGAAGGGGGUGAAAUCGUGAGAGAUAGAGAAAGGGAAAAAUAUAUAGACGCAGCGAGAAGGAUCAGGCCGGAUAUCUUGAGGAACGGGGAGGACAGGACGGGCGGAUACGUGCUAAGGCGUGUCGAGCCGGAAACACGAACGGGCAUCACGAGUACAGGGUGGUGGUGACGCAGGCAGAGCGGUGGUGGUGGUGGUGGUGGUGGCGGCGGGGCAGGCAGGUGGCGGGAUCUAAGCCGGAAUAAGAGCAGUUAGAAUGGGCAACAAGCUCUCCUGCAGUUGCGCACCCCUAAUCAGAUCAAAGACGUAUCGUUACGAGGACAGCCCAUGGCAGGCCGGUGCCAGAGGCGGGAUGGGCGGCGGCGGAGGACGCAGGGGUGACACUGGCCACUUGCUCAGGUGCGGAAGCUUAAGAGACAGGAAGAGGCUGUGGGCCGAAGUGUUCCAUGUAAACUCGAGCGGGGGUGGGAGUAAAUGGCAGCAGGUGUCCGAGGAUUUGGUCCCGGUGAACAUCACCUGCAUCCAAGACUCGCCGGAAUGCGUCUUCCAUAUCACCGCGUACAAUAGCCAGGUCGAUAAGAUUCUAGACGUGCGGUUGGUCCAGCCAGGUACGCGUAUCGGCCAAGCAUCAGAGUGCUUUGUCUACUGGAAGGAUACAGUGACAAAUGAUACGUGGGGGCUGAACUUUACGUCUCCCAUAGACGCAAAGCAAUUCAGAGAAUGCUGCUCACCAUCGUUCAAGAUUUCAAGGAAAGCGUCCUCUUCUUACUCGUUGAAGCUCGAGCCACCGAACAAGCAGAAGAUCAAAACACGCCGAAAGCCGCUAUCGACACCGGCCUCACCGAGCCGAUCCAGGGAACCUCAGUGUACCUGUAUGACGCCGGAACAAUAUGCCCGACUGCGCAGCCAAGAUACCAGAUACCGAAGUCCAUGCGGGGCGUCUACACUUCCACGGACCAUAGGGCGAUCCACAGAAAUGGACAUGACGCCGGGACGAGACAAGAUAACAGCGGCCACAUCCAGCGCGUCUCUCUAUGACAACGUUAAUAAUACUAGUACACCCGGGAAAACACCAAAGGCCGGCGACUCAGCCAAGCAGAAGGAGAAGCAGAACGAAACGUGUCAAACGACUCCAAAAACUGCCAACAUUGGAAUCGGAACGGUCACAGUGGGAUCUCAGAUCGACAGCCCAGACGAAAAAAGUUCUACGAUAUCGCCGAAGAAACAGAAGCAAAGCCAGGACACGUCCACGCAGCAGAACGGCAUCGAGAUGCUGAAGUCAGAAGGCACCCAGGCCGGCGGCACUUUACAAAUUAAGUCAUUGCGCAAGGAACAGCUCCAUCACACCAAGUCAGCCGACUACACUGAACUGGAGAUGCAGAACGGCAAUCUCUUUAAUAUUGUCAACAACAAUCACGGUCACAGAUCGAAGAGCAAGAGCACCGACGACAUGCGGAUCGAGAAUGCACAGAACGGCGGCAUCAGCCUGGAUUCGAAUACCCUGAAACGUAUGCUAAAGCCGAUGCCGAGUAUCGACAGCCCGGUGACGUCGCCGGAGAUGACGAGGAAACGUCACAGCCACCACAGUUAUUACUACCAUCCGAGCAAUAACAAUCAGAAGUACAUGAUGCAGGAGAUUGACAACGAGAAUUAUGCGCAUCCAUAUCGCGCGCCUUACAACAACAAGUUCCAGAGUUCCAGAAGCGCCCACGACAUGAGUCGGCAAUCCGGCGGCAGAGGCAGGACGUACUUAGAUUCGGAACGUAAUCGGUGCACAGGUGACAUGUCGCCGCCUUCGGACAAUGUCAUCUUCGACAACCAGUGCUAUGCCACCACGCCGAGUUCGUCGAACGGCAACUCCGACAUGGAGCAGCCAAACCACUGUAACUCCCGCCGCUGCAAUGGCGGCCAGACAUAUCAGCAGAGCAUGCAGUCGGUAUCGACACCGGGCAGCCCGACCAGCCGGCUGCUCCUCGAAUACGAAAUGCAUCUCAGGAACACUCUUGCCAAGGGCAUGGACGCAGAGAGCUAUAGCCUGCGCACGUUUGAGGCUCUACUCACGCAGAGCAUGGAGAACUUGGAAUUUGCGGAAAACAUACCGUUGAAUGUUCAGCGCACGCCUCACGCUUCACGAAGACGUUCCAAUUCCAACAAGUCGUCGACCCUGCCGCUGUCGUACCGCUACUGCAACGAAAGGCAGAACAGCAAGGACCGAGAUGGUUAUUACAGUGAUCGCAACGAGAUGGUGAGAGAGAAGAGAGAGCGAGACCUCGAUCGGGAUCGCGGCUAUCUCAGCGACUACAAUUCUAGAUGCGCCAGCUGCAUCGGGGAGUCCGCGCGCGCACAAUGGUUCCGACAUUCCGACGGAUGGCAGUCGGGUAGCUCGACCUUCGGCUCCGGCGCUUCGAGUUCGAUAAAUCCAGGCUACUCGGGACACAAAAGAGAAUCACCCUGGGAUUCUCUACCGUCCCUGAGACACGAGGGCAGUCUCAACGACAGCGGUUACAAGUCCAACCGGACUGACUCGCUCGAGCAAAGAGGUACUUUCGACAGACAGGACAGCGUCAGAUCUGACUACAUGUCCGACCGAGAUGGCAGAUACGGAAUCGUUCAACAAGCUUCAUUGGAGAGCACCGACUCGAGGCUCUGCUACUUGACGUCUUCCGAAAUGUCGGACGAUGAUAGGAUGUCCCUCACCACUGCCGUCAGCGAUGAUGACGACGGCGAGAGUGCUAUAAAUUCGCCCUAUCGGAAGCAGACCGGCACGGCUGCAGCUUCGUUCAAUUGCACCGGUGCAGUUCGGAAGGCAGGAUUUCUCAGCGUGAAGAAAUGGUUGUUGCGCAAGAAGCAUCAAAUCGAGCUAGCUAAAAAGAGAGGCUGGAGGGGUUAUUGGGUCUGUUUGAAGGGCACCACUCUCCUUUUCUAUCCCUGCGAUUCACAGGAGAGUAGGGCCAUGGAGGCAGCACCUAAACACCUGAUCAUCGUCGACGGUGCGAUCAUGCAGCCGAUUCCCGAACAUCCAAAGAAAGAUUAUAUAUUUUGCCUGAGCACCGCAUUUGGGGACGCCUAUCUGUUUCAGGCGCCGUGUCAAGUGGAACUGGAGAACUGGGUGAACAGUAUUCACUCGGCGUGCGCCGCCGCGUUCGCGCGUCAUCGCGGCAAAACCGGCACGCUGCACUUGCUGCAGGAGGAGAUUUUCCGUCUGGAAAAAGCGAUCGAAUCGGACCACAAGAUGAAGCAUAUGGCGGAUCUUCAGCAAUCAGUGGUUUCCGAUGUCGACACCAAACAGCAGAUCAACAAUCAAAUAGUACAGUGGGAGGAGAAUCUGGAGCGGCUCCACUGCGAGCAAUUCCGCCUGCGGUGCUACAUGGCCAGUUUGCAAAGUGGCGAACUGCCCAAUCCAAAGAGUCUACUGACGCAUGUGUCUCGCGCCACAAAGCAAACGCUAAACAAACUGGGCGUGUUCACGGUGUCGUCCUUCCACGCGUUUAUCUGCGCGCGUAGCCCGUCUCUACUGAAUAAUUUAUUGGCGGGUCGCGGAGCGACGAAGAGACGACCGCCCCUGCUGUCGAGAUCGAAUAGCGGCUCCAGCAGGCGCUCGCUGCAGAUCUCGUCCAGGGACGAGGAGAAGAGCGUGAAGGUGUCCGUGCCGGAAAAUCAGGUACGAUCGUCAGGACACCGGCUGGUCUCGGUGUUCCUGCGUGACGCUAUGACCGUGGAAGAGUUCCUAGCUAGCGCGUGCACCAGAAAGAAUCUCAAUCCGAUGGAGCACUUUGUGCGCGUCAAAAAGCGCCGGGAUAUGGAGGACCAUAAUUACUUUGUGCCACAUAGGACUGAUUUGAUAGAAACCUAUUUGCAUACGCACGAAAUCGUGGAAGUCUGUGCCAAGAUUUUAUAUCAAGUGGAAUUGCAAAGAAACACUUUAGAACAAAUGUGGGGCUUCUCCGUCGAGGCGGAGCUCAUAGAAAACUCCGAUAGGCAGGAUGAGCUGUGCUGUUACGUUAGUAGAGUGGAAGACAAGAGUGUCGCCAUGCAAAACGGAAUCAUUAAGGGCGACGAGAUUAUGGUAAUCAACGGCGCCAUCGUGAGUGACCUGGAUAUGAUGUACUUGGAGAGUGUUCUACAGGAGGAGGUGGGUCUCUGUAUGAUGAUGCGAUCCUCCAGAACGGAGCCACCGGAUCUCACAGGCAUUAUGCGAGUUACCGAUGACAUAAUUGAGAGCCUGGUCUGUCCGCCGCCGCCUACUGACCCACCAGUAAUCAGCGAAGAAAUGAUUUCCGGUCUGAUUGUGCCGGCACCUGGAUGGAGCAAGGAGAACAUUAUGCAAGAAUGCUCGUCAGCCAGCCACGCGGAUAAUAAACAAAGCUCGCGCACAAAUUCCUUUGAGAUUGAGAAUCUUUUGAAAACUGCCGAGCAAGUGACAGUAAUCUGUCGUUCUCCAGGUGAGACCAGAAAGUCAAGUCCCACCGGAAGUGUAGUCAGUUCCCACUCACAGGCUCUCACACCAAGCCGGCAGCUAAGCGACGCUGAGAAGCUAAAGAAAGUGAUUUUAGAACUGAUUGAGACUGAACGGACUUACGUAAAGAAUUUAAAUAAUUUGCUGGAGAACUAUUUGGAACCCCUUAAACGCGAGACCUUCUUGUCGAACGCGGAGAUCAACGCGCUGUUUGGUAAUAUUCAGGAAAUUGUCACGUUUCAACGACAGUUCCUGCAAAAUCUCGAUCACGCCAUCGAGAUGGAGGCCGAUUUCAACAGUUUUGACCAUCCGAGUCAAUUUAAGGGAGUCCUGUUUUCCAUUGGAAGUGCCUUCUUAUAUUACGUAAAUCACUUCAAGCUAUACAGCUCGUUUUGCGCCAGUCAUUCGAAGGCUCAGAAAGUUUUACAUCCAAACGAGGGAAAUCAAGCUUUACAAGAGUUCCUGCAAGCAAGAAAUCCCCGGCAGCAACACUCAUCGACCUUAGAAUCGUACUUGAUAAAACCUAUACAAAGAAUACUUAAGUAUCCGCUGCUAUUACAGCAGCUUAGGAAUCUCACCGAUGAACGAAGCGAAGAACACCAACACUUAAUCGAGGCGCUCAAAGGCAUGGAAAAGGUGGCGGAACACAUAAACGAAAUGCAGAGAAUUCACGAAGAGUACGGCGCUAUUUUCGAUCACCUGUUCAGGCAACACCAAAAGUCCUGCAAACAGCCGAUCGACUUAAGUCCAGGCGAUCUUUUGUACUAUGGCGGUGUCGAAUGGCUCAACAUUUCCGACUUUCUCGGCAAGAUAAAGAAAGGUCUCGAGUUGCAUGCGAUGUGCUUCGUAUUUAAAUCGGCCGUCGUGUUCUUAUGCAAAGAGAGGUUGCGACAGAAAAAGAAGCUCAUGGGAGUUUCAACGAAGGCUAACUCAAGUGAAGUAGAGAUCAUCCGUUAUCAGGUGCUAAUCCCGGUGACGGAAGUCCAGGUCAGGGCUAGUUCCGCCAAGGAUAUGGAGUCCCACUUCUUGUGGGAAUUGAUUCAUCUAAGAAGUCAAUUACAAAGGAGAUCGGAGAAAGUAUACGUGCUAUCCAACAGUACAACAGAAUUCCGUAAUGCGUUCCUGAAGACGAUUCGGCAGAUCAUCCGUGAGUCGGUGAGAAAUAUGAGCAUACCUUCGACGAAGCAGAACCUGAGUCAGGCGCCAAUGUCGAUGGCACCGCGAAUGUCGACCGGUCACGUAGAAAAAUUUAACAAACAACAGAUUGGUCAGGGCCAGACGCAGAACGGAAAUGGUGUGACGGGUACGCUGUCGAAAAAGGCGAUGAAGCAGCAGCUGCUGUCCAGUUCUCAGAAGCGCAAAUACAGCCACUCGAAGCAGCCAGUGGAGCACGAAAGUUCAGAGGAUAAGGAUCAAGAGGACGCGCCGGCUCCCCAGCAGCAAACAUUUCGCUCCAGGAGCAAGACCAUAAGCGACACUUCCGGCGAAGCGAAGGUCGAGAUGGAUUCGGGUACAAAGUCGGAAGGUGAGGAAGAUUCACAGGCUUUUUUAGGCGAGAAGAAGACGACUCUCGGCCGCACACCUAAUCAUCUGACGCUGAGCACUACGUCGACUAUCUCGGCGGGAAGUACUGGCAGCCAGGCUAGAUUGAUUCAGUCUUCCCAUCAGCCUGAGAAUUACCAACCUAUUACCGUCAAGGAACUUGGCUCGCCGAUCUGGAAGCCACGGGAACUACCCUCCCUGGGGGAGGCUACCACGUUGCCGCGCAAGGGUAAGUCGGCUGGCGAGUUUGCGGACAUGAGCUCGAGCCAUAGCGCCUCCCGAAAGUCUCUGAUAGAAAUCAACAAUUCUGCUCAACAACCUAACUUUAAUAAUCACGUUUAAGUUGGAUAAUAUCGAGGCUGACUCGCUAACGAUAAUACCAUUAAGUUCCGCCAUCGCUAUUAAACGCGAUCGGCACUACCACCACCACCACCACCACCACCACCACUACCACCAUUACUACCAUUAUCACCACCAACGACAUCACCUAUCAUCACCAAGCGUAAUACACAGAGAUAAUUAUUCGAUUAUUGCGAUUACUACGAUAACGAUACGUGAGGGACACGCAUCCGCCGCCCACGUGGAAAUUCGCGAAGAUUGCGCUUUCUCCCUCCGAUCUCUUCCUCAUUUCGUCUUCCAGCAGGAAAUCCGUGUUCGCGUGUAUGUGUGAGACGCAGUCGAUUGCACCGUUUCUACGGGAGCAAGCGAGAUGCUCGAUCGGGCUUCCACCUUGCUCUGAAGAAUCUGAUAGAAUCCGAGUAUCUUUUCCUCCUUCGUCUUUUGGCGGUUGACGUAUUUAAAUAGCUAAACAAUAAAUAAGAAAAAAAAAUAACGACAUAAUAUUAAAGUUAAGAUAAAGAAUGUGUCAUUAAAUUAAGAUAAGAAUGCCCGAUUUAUGGUAAAUAGUUUUGAUUUUGACAAUCGUAACGCGGAUAAUCCCAAAGUUGUAGAAGGUCGAAGCGAUGCCGAGCAGACCGCUGGCUCUGAAAACGAAUAAUCCAACGGCGAAUAAUAAAUUAUUAACGAAUAGCCGCUCUAGUUCUUCGUAAUGAAACGUCGAUCGUGAAAGACUGGAAUAAUAGAAUGAAUAAUAAAAAGUCUCCGAGCUCCAAGAUGCUUGCUUCAUUUAAGUUCAUUUUUUUCAAUUGUACGUUCUAUACACAUUGUUUCUUAUUAGCUUUGUUUCUCUUUAAUACAGCUAACGUUAUAAUUGCGAUUAUAACAUUCAGCUUUAAUCUUAGUAGGAAAUCCCUAAAAGCCUGCGUUUGAAGUUAAACAAAAAAAUUUUGGUAUCCAUUUUUAUACGUAAAAAUUCGUUCAUAAACAUGAAGAAGACGAUUUCUUUCAUAUUGCUCGAGUAUUUACGUAUAAAAUAAAGUGCUUGCCAUUCCAUAGCAAUCUGUACAUAUAAGUACACGCAGAAAAGGGAGAAGUUCUUAAAUAAUCGAGGUUGUAAGCGCAACGUGCCUGAGAGACUUAAGAACGAUGGGUCGAACCGUCGCCUCUCGGAUGUCUCCAUUUUAUAGCAUCCAUCGGCAUAAUUUUAACAUCGCCGGUUUUACGAGACGUAAUUCGGUCGCCUCUUCAAGAGUCGCCAGCGAUCGAGGCUACAUCCUUCGAUCCUGUCGCUCCUAUUUCCGCGUGGACGGCGGCGCAGACGAUCCGGAAAGAUAAUCGACUCUGUAUAUAAUGUAAUGAUAUUUAUCGUCAUACCGCGUCACUAUAAUUACACGUAACCAUGUUUGCGAUCGAACGCUCGCGCGUAGGCGCGCUCGUUACGUUGUUUCCCAUCGUUCCACCACCGUUCUCCCACAUCCUCCCAUUUUUUUAUUAUUAUACAAAACCGUCGUGAUGCGCGUCACACCAUUGACGAUCGCCGGAUGACGCGAGGACUGCGAGAGCAGUGCGAGAGAGAGAGAGACUUAUAAGACCCGCAUUUGAAAAAAAAAAAAGAAGAAAAGAGG